CCUGCCAGAUAAAGGGUACUUGGAAAGGUUCCCCGGCCGGCCUCAGAGCUUAGAAGUUUGAAAUUGAGAUUUUGACUCGGAUCCUCCGAGUUCGGUCGGUUAUUCGAGUGCAAAAGCUGCGACGAGUGAAGUCAACCCCAAGACAACCGUUCAAGAUGCCAGCCAGAAACGCCGAGCAAGAAGCUGAAAUUCUUCAAUGGAUCGAAGCCGUUCUGGAGGAACCUUUACCCAAGGGUGAUUAUGAGGAGGUGCUAAAGAAUGGCGUGGUUUUGUGCCAGCUAAUGAACAAGAUCUCCCCGGGUUGUAUUAAGAAGUUCAAAACUUCAGGACCAGCUUUUUUGCUCAUGGAAAACAUCAGCUCCUUCCAAAAAGCGGUGAAGGCCUAUGGCGUUCCCGACGAGGAGAUCUUCCAGACCCCUGAUUUGUUCGAGGCUCGAAACAUCCCACAGGUGACCUUGUGUCUCUAUGCCUUGGGUCGUACUACCCAAAAGCAUUCUGAAUACGACGGACCCACAAUUGGGCCCAAAAUGUCCGAAGAAAAUAAGCGGAACUUCUCGGAUGAACAAAUCCGAAAAGGUCGCGAUGGUCAAGUGGGACUUCAGGCCGGAAGCAACAAAGGUGCCUCUCAAUCCGGAUUAGGUGGUAUGGGCAACACUCGCCACAUGUAAGGCUCCACACAAAACAAAUGGAUGGAGAACGCUUGUGCCGUGGAGAUCAGAGCUUUAUAAUUCUAAUUAUUCGUUUCUUGGGUGAUCCGGAUGUAAUUUUGAAGGAGGCAAAGUGAUAUGGAGAUGUGAUUAUUACUCUUCAGUAUUGAAAAUAAAAUUAGAAUCACCCAGUAAGUGAG